AUGGACCGCGUUCCAGCCGUGGUGGCCGGUAAGAUGCGGUGGAUAACGUUGCUAGUAGUGGGUCUAACGGUCUGGACUACUCUGUCUCACUGCUUCGACUACGAAGAACCGAGUUUUGACUAUUACAACGAAGAAGACAGGACGGACAAUAUAGACUACAAAGACCCGUGUAAAGCCGUUGCGUUUUGGGGAGACAUUGCGUUGGACGAGGAGGAUCUGCGGAUGUUUCAGAUCGACAGGACAAUAGACGUGACGCAACACACACACACUCACACACACACUCACACACACACUCACACACACUCCAGACAAGGACAGACGACUGACUAUAGGCCUAUGAACUCCAGUCAAGAAUCAGCCUCCGGUCCCAGGACCCAGACUGGGAAAGCUGUUGCUGGAAAGACUGGGAAGGCUGGGAAAGCCGUAAAGAGUGGGAAUAGAGUGAAGUCAGCAAGAUUGGGGAAAACAGAGAAUGCCUGGAGCGUUGUUGUGAAGAGUCGUGUUCCUAGAGCAGCAACCUCCCGAGCUGAGAGGAUCUGGCCAGGAGGAGUUAUACCUUACAUCAUCGGAGGAAACUUCACUGGCAGUCAAAGAGCGAUGUUCAAGCAGGCGAUGCGUCACUGGGAGAAACUGACCUGCGUGACCUUCAUGGAGAAGACUGAAGAGGAGAGUUACAUCGUUUUUACGUACCGACCCUGUGGCUGUUGCUCCUACGUGGGUCGUCGUGGUAACGGUCCUCAGGCGAUAUCGAUAGGGAAGAACUGUGAUAAGUUUGGCAUCGUGGUUCAUGAGUUGGGUCACGUGAUCGGGUUCUGGCAUGAACAUACCCGGCCCGACCGAGACGAUCACGUCACCAUCAUCAGAGACAACAUACAACCAGGUCAGGAGUAUAACUUCCUGAAGAUGGAACCAGGAGAGGUGAACUCACUGGGAGAGUCGUACGACUUCGACAGCAUCAUGCAUUACGCUAGGAACACCUUCUCACGAGGUAUGUUUCUCGACACCAUCCUCCCAUCUAGAGAUGAGAAUGGGAUCCGUCCUGCCAUUGGCCAGAGAACCAGACUCAGUAAAGGAGAUAUAACUCAGGCCAGGAAGCUCUACAGAUGCCCCGCAUGCGGGGAGACCCUACAGGAGUCGACAGGUAACUUCUCGUCGCCCGGUUACCCAAACGGUUACCCCUCGUACACACACUGUGUCUGGAGGGUCUCUGUCACCCCGGGAGAGAAGAUUGUUCUAAACUUCACCACUCUGGACCUGUAUAAGAGUUCUCUCUGUUGGUAUGACUACAUAGAGGUUAGAGAUGGAUACUGGAGGAAGGCCCCACUGCUCGGUAGGUUCUGUGGAGACCAGGUUCCUGAGGGUCUGGUGUCAUCAGAGAGUCGGAUGUGGAUUGAGUUCAGAAGCAGCAGCAACUGGGUGGGCAAGGGGUUCACUGCUGCUUACGAAGCUAUCUGUGGGGGAGAGAUCUUAAGAGACCAGGGUCAGAUCCAGUCCCCUAACUAUCCUGAUGACUACCGUCCAUCUAAAGACUGUGUUUGGAAGAUCACCGUCUCAGAGGGAUACAAUGUAGGACUCAGCUUCCAGGCCUUUGAGAUCGAGAGACAUGACAGCUGCUCCUACGACUACCUGGAGGUGCGUGACGGCCCGGCUGAAUCCAGCCCUCUGAUUGGUCGGUUCUGUGGCUACGACAAACCAGAGGACGUCCGCUCCACCUCACACACUCUCUGGAUGAAGUUUGUCUCCGACGGGACCGUCAAUAAGGCCGGCUUCGCCGCCAACUUCUUCAGAGAGGAGGAUGAGUGUUCUAAGCCAGAUAACGGGGGCUGUGAACAGAGGUGUGUCAAUACGCUGGGCAGCUUCAAGUGUGCCUGCGACCCCGGGUACGAGCUGGCCCUGGACAAAAAGAGAUGUGAAGCUGCAUGUGGAGGUCUUCUGUCUAAGCUGAACGGAACCAUCUCCACUCCCGGCUGGCCCAAAGAGUACCCCCCCAAUAAGAACUGUGUGUGGCAGGUAGUUGCUCCAACCCAGUACAGGAUAUCGAUGCAGUUUGAAUCCUUUGAGCUGGAGGGCAACGAGGUGUGUAAGUAUGACUCUGUGGAGGUGCGUAGCGGCCUGUCGUCAGACAGUAAGCUGCAUGGAAAAUACUGCGGUACGGAGGUUCCCGAGGUCAUCACGUCACAGUACAACAACAUGAGAAUAGAGUUCAAGUCUGACAACACCGUGUCCAAGAAGGGCUUCAAGGCACACUUCUUCUCCGACAGGCCUGCGUCGUGUCACGAGCGCGUGUUUGUGUUUGAGUCGUGUCGCGACGCCAAGCGACCGCGACCCCGUAACCAUGGCAACCCGCCGGCGUCCUCAGGCUGGGUCAGAGGUAACCCCAUGACCUGGUCAUGA